AUGCAAGCUGUUGCGGAAGCUGCCAAGCUCAAGGAUGCCGAGGCGGCUUCGGUGGGCGACUCUGUAGAGACCGGCACUCCGUCCGAGAACACGAACGGCAACAAGAACGGCAAGGAUAAGGGAGGAGGCGAUUGGGGAGGAGGCAAGAAGGGAAAGCGGGGCCGCAACAAGAAGCGGCCGAAGGACGACCGCCCCGCCCAAGCGGACACUCUCUGCCAGCACCUGUCUGAUGGGCGACCCUGCACCUACGGCGAGAGGUGUCGUUUCGCCCACGAUGUGAAGGCGUACCUUGAGAAGAAGCCCCCCGACAUCGCAGAGACUUGUCCGAUCUGGGAUGCUCGCGGGAGUUGCCCGUCGGGGCUAAAGUGCCGGUUCGGCGGCGCCCACACGGACCUGGAGACGCUCAAGCCGGUGGUCCGGGAGGGUGGUCCGGCCCCGUCCUCCUUCAACUACAUCAACGAUCUUUCCAGGGAUCUUCAGGGCAAGCUGCGGCGCAACCAGGUGCCGUUCGCGUGCGACCGCAAUGGCUGGCCGGCCUUCCUAGCCUCCCUGGACAAAGACUACGCGCCGCAGGCAUCGCAGCAACCCCCGUCGUCGGAUGCGCCUACCGCCGCCGCCACCGCCGCAAACGGCGUCACCGGUGACGGUCAGCAAACGACGGCCGCACCAGCAACGGCCGCGUCAGCGGCGGGGACCGGGGCGGCCGACAAGGGGGGGGGCGGGAUGGACAUCGAGGGUAGCGAUGGUGGUGGUGGUGGUGGUGGUGGUGGUGGCAGCCCGCCAGCAGCGAAGCGCGCUAAGGUGGAAGCUACCGCUGCCGAUGCUGCGGCUGGUGCCCCCGCCGCCGCCGCCGCCGACGCUGCCGACGCUGUGGGAGGUGGCGUUGAGGCGGCCGGGGCAGCGACUAGUGCGGACACUAGCACGCCCACCGUUGCCACUCCUGCUGGCGGCGCAUCCGCGAACGGCAAGGACAAGGGGGGGGGUCGGGGGGAAGGGGAGUGGGUGCGGUCUUGCCUGGAGGGGGCGGAGCCCAGGGCGCAGAAGCGGACAGUGGACUUUGAGGGCAAGGUGUACAUUGCGCCGCUGACAACGGUCGGAAACCUGCCUUUCAGGAGGGUCAUGAAGGACCAGGGAGCGGAUAUCACGUGCGGCGAGAUGGCCCUGUCCCACCACCUCCUCAAGGGCAACGGCAGCGAGUGGGCUCUCCUCCGACGCCACCCUUCCGAGGACGUCUUCGGGGUGCAGGUUGCCGGAGCCCACCCGGACCAGAUGACGAGGGUCGCCGAGCUCCUCGAAAAAAACGCAAAGAUGGACUUUGUGGACAUCAACAUGGGCUGUCCGAUAGACCUGGUCUGCGAUAAGGGCAUGGGCGCGGCUCUCAUGGGCCGAAGUCGGAAGCUCCGCGGCAUCAUUGCGGGCAUGUCUUCUCAGCUGACGUGCCCCCUGACGGUGAAGAUGAGGGUCGGCUGGGACGAAAAGAAGCCCAACGCGGACGUCGUUGUUCGAACGGUACAGCGGGAGGCGGACCGGUGCCGGAAGAGGGGGUUCCCGGGAUCGGUGGCGCGGGUCAUGAUCCACGGCCGCUCUCGCCUCCAGCGGUAUAGCAAGCUGGCUGACUGGGACUAUGUCCGUCAGGUGGCUGUGUCUCAAGACCCCGCUCUGAGGCCGCUACCGGUGAUCGGCAACGGCGACAUCUUGUCUUGGAGGGACCACGAGGAACGGCUGGAGCAGGCCAGGGAGCUGCAGUCGCAGCAGGGGGAGGGGGAAGGGAGCCAGUGGAGCACGUGCUGCAUGCUCGCUAGGGGUGCCUUGAUUAAGCCGUGGCUUCCGACCGAGGUGAAGGAGAAGAGGGACUGGGACAUCUCCUCCUCGGAGAGGCUUGACAUCUACAGGAAGUUUGUGAACUUUGGGCUUGAGUACUGGGGGUCCGACCAGAUGGGCGUGAACAAGACGAGGCGAUUCCUCCUGGAGUGGCUGUCGUUCACGUGCCGGUACAUCCCGGCUGGAGUGCUGGAGGUCCUCCCUCAAAGGAUCAACGAGAAGCCCCCUCCAUUCACUCCGAAUGGGCGGGAUGACCUGGAGAGUCUCAUGUGCAGCCUGAACCCUAAGGACUGGAUCAAGAUCUGCGAAAUGCUGCUAGGACCCACGCCGAAGGACUUCGAGUUCGAGCCCAAGCACAAGGCGAGUUCGUACGCGCCGCAAGCCGCCCAGGCGCCCGCCGCCGGUGUGUAGGCGUAUGCGCAGCGGGCUUCUGGUUUCACCUGGUCUGCAUCGCCGGCGUCAUGUGGCACGGCACUGGUGGUCGCCACCAUGUUGAGCGAGGAGGUUGGAGGCAUUGGUGACGGUUCGGGUUGGUGUUGCACCGAGCGGGCCCGCAGUCAAUCAAAUACAAGGCUCAAAUGUUCACGCAACACUGAGAUUAGAAAACACAGCUCAGCAGAGCAUUCAAAAUUAGACCCUAUGUUGGCCUGUGCUCGAUGGUGGUAAGACACUGAGCCUAGACCCGAAAUUUGCUUCAGGUUAUCCGGGCAUCUACUAUCACAUGUAUUUGUUUCCUCAAUUCGUUGACGCCGUUGGCACCCAUGUGGCAUGGGUAGUAGAGACUGCGAGUGAUCUCUCUGUGGCUGCCACAUUCCCAACACGUUUCGCGUCUGUUGGCGUCCUGGUUGUUGCGAUUCAGGGGUUGCGUUGUGGUAGACCAGCUGUUUGCUCUUCGCAGUAGACUUUGGAAAGGGGUGCGGGGAACACAGGUGGAUUCGCAGGCGGGUACGUACGCAAUACUGGCUUUCUGUUCCGAGGUUGUUUCUCGCGUGUCCGACGGGGGUUCGUCCGAGUUGUUCCGGCCUUUGAGGCGCCGUGCAGCCUGCUACAUAGCGCGUACGGCAGAGAUUGAGGCAACUUAUUUCGCUAUUUACUGGUAGUUCCAUGGAGACAACAAUAGUGCAGUGUCAUGGGUUGCGGCCAACGUUAGAGCGAGGGGGGGGUAAUGCGCGGCCGACGUUACCUUUUCUUUGUUUCAUUUCCGG